CUAGACUACAACUCCGGAAUGGGCAGUGCCCCAGCAGCAACCCCAGAAUUGCCAAGUCGCAAACAGCAUUCCACAGAGGACCACGCAGCUAACUCUCCGACUUCAACUACUAUAUCAGAGUCCGGAGGCAGUUUCUACCGCAUGGACGAACCUCUGCGACCCACACUCCGCAGUCUGCCAGUCAAUCUGAACAGUCGUAAAAUUAUCAUUCGCUCGGACAAAGCCUUGGUCACCUGCUUUGAUCCAGCAGACACGGAAUUGUAUACACUUUGGGCUCCUGGACCUUGAGAAA